AUGUAUAAUGGGAUUGGAUUACAAACAGCUCGUGGAUCGGGCACAAAUGGAUACGUGCAGGCAAAUUUGGCGAAUUUGUUGCUCUCAAAGAAACGAGUAGCAUAUAACUCCGAAGCUGAUAUUAAGCGAGCGGAGGCUGAAAUCAACAAACAACCGAACAAAGAACUGUUAGAACAUUACCGCAAACGACAUAUCGAAUUGAAAUGUACUGAUUUUGAAAUGCUUAUGGAAAACAAAGGAUUCGAUGAAGCUGAAAUCCAGAACAAAGUAAAUGAAUAUCGGAAGCUUCUUCAGAGCCAGAUAGCAUCUGGAGAACUGGAUAUAGAUGCGGAAAUGGACAUUCGUGAUACGCAUGUUCGUGCAAAGGCUGCUAUUGAUAAUUGUAACCGAAUGCGUUCUGCACUUAAGAUUAAAGACGAUUUUAUUGAUGGAACAUCGUUCGAAAAGUUAAACAAAAGUGUUGACUUGAAAGUGGAUGAAGCAGAAAAAGAUGACGGUAAGAGAAAGAAAAAAAAGGGUGACGAAAUUAAAAAGUGUGGGAAAAUACCGAAAACCGAGUCGUCCUCAUCAUCUUCCUCGUCUUCAUCAUCUGAGCAAUCAUCAUCUGAUGACUCCUCAGAAUCUAGUUCAGAUAUCGACGACAGUUCAUCUAAUUCAGUUGGAGAAUCUAGCGAAAAUAAUUCCAGUGAUGUAUCAGCAGCUAAAGUAGGAAAGAAAGUUAAAGACGCAGUGCAUAAUAGAAGGGAUUUGUCAGAAAAGACCAAAGAACCGCGUUCGUAUCGCCACGAAAAUCGACGUUCUUGUAAUCGACGCAACAAUGAUAAUGGUAGUGGCUUUUCUGAUCGUGAAAAACGCCGCGGGCGCGAUUCACAAGAUUAUCACGACCGUUCUCAUCAUCGUCGACGUUACGGUGAUGAUCACUUCGACUAUCGAAGGUCUGGUCGAUCAUAUCCAUAUGAUGAUGGAGGGCGGCGCAAGUGGUACUCUCGACAUUGCGAUCGUCAAAACGAUUCAGAAAGCGAUCGACGUCGGAAGCAUGACCAGGACGAGAAAAGGCAUCAAUGUGAGGAAGAAAAGCGUUCAAAUCGCAGAUAUCAAUACUCUUCAGAUUCCGAUACUAACUGCAAACAAAAACACGGUAUGGCGGAUCAUAAUGACGAUGAAGGCGGGAAACAACUAGGAAGAGAUAUUUUAGAUGUGGAUGAGAAAAAACGUCCUAGAUCAAAAUUGAUAGAAGUCGUUCCAGAUACAAAAGAUAUCAAAGUAGAACCCGCAUCAAGUUCUCAUUCUGGCAGCAUAUCCUCACAAAAAAUUUCAUCGAUAGUACCACCAUUCCAUGACGAAUCGAGUCGAAAUACUAGAAAUAAAACUCCACUUGCAGAAUCAAAUAUUGCUGAAAUAGCUUUACCGGAAGAACGGUUUGCGGAUGACGUUAAGAUGGAAAUUGAUAUCCAAGAAUCAGAAACGAAAAUCUAUAGACCUAUUGAAGAUAAAGAAAAAGUGAAACAAAGUUCAGACCAUGAACGAUGGCCUUGCCGUUCAUCGGAGAUUUACGAUAGUUUAAAGAAAAAAUCUCGUCAUGAUACUGCAGAAUCUGAAGAUAGAAAUCGAAGUAAUUCUAGUUCUAAUGAUGAAUUCCUGCAUCACUCAGGUAGUACACAUAGUUCUACUACAUCAUCGAAUUGUGGCGCAGCUGAAAAUAUCUUGAAUGACAAUUCAGAUAAGGUGCACUCACCUUCUUAUUCCCCUGAACCAACAUCAGAAAUAAGAGACCGAAGUAAAAAGUCGAUAAGUCGCGAAAGGAAGAUUCAUUCACCAGGAGAUAGACAGGAGAGAUCUGAGUCUGAAAAGUCUACGCGAAAGCACAGAUCACGUAGGAAGUCUGAUGAUGAAAAUAACUACAGACGACAUAGGUCAAGGGGAAGUUUCGCGAGGAGUUCUCAUCUUUCAAGAACGGAAUUUGAUCAUGAUGAUUCAGGAUCUAAUAAACGCAGACAUCGUGAUUCAUAUGAUUAUCACAAACACAAAAGACAUCACACAGAGUCAAGUGAAUCGAAAUUCCAUCGUGCAGAAAGUUACGAAUCCAGACGUCAUGGACAUGAUCGUUCGGUUUCUAGUGAUCGGACUCAUAAAUUAUCUGGUUGUAAAUCACAAUCCAAUGGUUCAUUACUUAAAAGACAUCAUAAAAGCAGAUCCAGAAGUCCUUCCAAACGUCAAAGAAGCAGAAGCAGGAGUCGUUCACGACACCGUCGUAAGCAUUCUAGUGAAAGCCGGAGAAGUGCCUCUCACCGUAUUCAUAAAUCUGUAAGUGUUUCGUCUCGAAAACGAUCAUAUUCCCCAAAAAACAACACCAUGAAACGUUCUUCAGCCUCCAAACCCAAGAAGUUUGAAAGUCCAGAAAGUGUUAAAAGUUCUGAGAGCGCAGAAAGCACUAAUGAAGAAUUUCGUAUGAAACGUCGUCGACAUGAUACUUCUAGUUCAAUGGAUGAAGAAGAUAGCGAGAGUCAUGAUGUCAAACGAUCUGAUCGUUCCAGUACAAGCAGCAGUCGUUCCUCUGGCAGUAGCAGAUCAUCGGUAAAAAAAACUGGCAAACAUUCGAAUGAUUUUAGAAAGAAACGGCAUCACGAUCGCUUAUCUCCGUUACGUGAACCAAUUGAUGAAAGUGACUGA